AUGCCCAAGGCUGCUCCCACCCCCUCCUUCCCCCUCAACGGGAUGUUCCCCGUGGCCAAGCCCACGGGUCCCACGUCGAUGCGCCUCAUCGACUCGAUCACCCCUCUCCUCCUCGAGUCGCGUCUCUUCGACGACGCGUCCGGACCCCGUAUCAGGCCCAAGGAGAAGAACAAGCGCAAGCGCAACACCACCCACAUGGGUCUCAAGAUCGGCCAGGGAGGUACCCUCGAUCCCCUUGCGGACGGUGUUCUUGUGCUUGGUGUGAACCGCGGUACGAAGCACCUCAACCGUUUCCUGACCUGUAGCAAGGAGUACGAGUCUAUUGGUAUGCUCGGCGCUGCCACCACCAGCUACGAUGCCGAGAGCCCCAUCCUCCACACUGGCAACUUUGACAACAUUACCCGCGAGGACAUUGAGAAGGUUCUGGACCAGUUCCGCGGCGUCAUCAAGCAGACCCCGCCUAUCUUCUCCGCGCUCAAGAUGGACGGCAAGCCGCUGUACGAGUAUGCGCGCGAGAGCAAGCCCCUCCCCCGCGCCAUCCCUGUCCGUGAGGUCACUGUCUCCAUCGACCUUAUCGACUUUACGCCUGCCGAGGUCGUCCCCGGUGACGGUGGCCACCAGUACGUCUGGCCCAAGGAGGUUCUGUCCGCCGAGGAGAAGGGCGUCUUCAGCCGUCUCAACAAGAUGGUCCACGAGGCCGGCGACGAGGCCGCCACUGCCGAGCCCGAGAUUGACCUCUCGGCCCCCGACGUUCCCGAAGUGAGCCCCCAGACUGGCCUGCGUCCCGCCACGUUCAAGGUCCGCAUGACCGUCAGCUCGGGCACGUACGUCCGCUCGAUUGUCCACGACAUUGGCCUCGCCCUCGGCUGCGGUGCCCACGUCGUCAAGCUCACUCGCACGCGCCAGGGCGAGUUUGUGCUUCGCGAUGACCAGGAGAAGGCUGCUGUCGGUGCCACCGAGGAGACCAAGGAGGAUGUCAAGGAGGAGGCUAGCAGCUCUGCUGUUGCUAUUGACGACGAGGAGGCUGCCAUGAACGCCGCCCAGCCCGUUGUGCCCGUCAUCCCCGACAAGAUGAGCCUCGACCACCCCGAAGGUGCCACCACGACCUGUAUUGCCUGGGACGUGUUUGAGCGCGCGAUCGCCGAGCGCAAGGAGACUCUCCAGGCCGAGGCCGCCGGUCGCGAGGAGGCUCACGCCAUGGGCACGUCUGCCGAGGAGAUUGAGGCCCAGUUUGGCGAGCAUGCCAUUGCCAACAAGCGCCGUGCUGGCCCCCUCAAGGAGUGGGAGAACGAGGUCCUCAAGUCGUUUGUCCCCGUGCCCCUCCCCAUUGUCCGCGACUCGAAGAGCCGCGCCGCCGGACUGUACUAG